AUGCCGCCGCAAACCCAGAGAAAGCGGCGAGCUGGCGACUAUGAAGAUGAAGAUGUACCACGCCAGCGCCAGCCCAAAAGACAGGGCGACUCCGAAGAAGACGAAGAAUCAGAGCCCGAAGAGGACGGCGACGUAGAUAUGUCAGGCGCCGGAUCCAGCGACGACGCGCAAUCGGUCAAGAAGUUGGUGCGGUAUGCCCUCGCGUGCGAAUACGCCAGGGUACCCAUCAGACGAGACGGCAUACGAGACAAGGUGCUGGCAAGCAAUCCUCGCUCCUUCAAGAAGGUCUUUGACGGUGCCCAGUUGCAGUUGCGCCAGGUCUUCGGCAUGGAGAUGGCUGAGCUGCCGGCGAAGGAGAAACGGACCAUUAAGGAGAAGCAGAAGGCAAAUGCCGCGCAGAGAAACAAGUCAGCGUCCCAGAGCACAGCCUCGUCGAGAACGUAUAUCCUUGUCUCUAUCCUACCGAGAAUUUACAAAACGCAAGCCAUCAUUGGUCCCUCGCGGGUGCCGAGCUCUUCCGAGGAAGCCGAGUUUGUUGGGUUCUACACCUUCGUGCUCGCUCUCAUUUGCUUGAGUGGCGGCGACAUCAGCGACGCCAAACUAAAGGACUAUCUCCAACGCAUGAACGCAGACGAGAACCUGCCCUUCGACAAGACAAACAACGUCCUGGCCAAACUCGUCCGGCAGGGCUACCUGGAUAAGGUGGUGGAGCGGUCAGACGACGGAGAGGACGCUAUCACAUGGUGCGUGGGAACGAGAGCGAAAGUCGAGGUGCCGCCUGAGACUAUUGCUGCUAUUGUCCGCCAGGUUUGGCAGGAUCCGCCGAAUGAUCUUCAUAAGCGAAUCAACAAGAGUCUUGGACUGCAGGGAAGCGCCGAGCUUCAGGCUGACGAGGCCGAAGAUGACGAGGAAGGGGACGGAGAGGAAUAA